GCACACUUUGCGCUGGGGUUACGCUGCCUGGCCGGCCGCUGGGCCGGAAGUGGUUGCGGCGUUUACGCCUCCGUACGCGCGGGCGGCCCGGGAGGCUCCAGCUUGACGGCCGAGAGGCUCCGCAGAUUGUGGGAUUGAUGAAUUGCUUUCCUAAGCAGAAAAAAAUUGGAAUAUGUCUAGACAGAGCAUUGUGGCUUUGACAGUGACCACCCUUCUCAGUGUGGCUGUCGGGGGUGUUGUCCUGUGGAAGGGCAUCCAGCACCGAUGGAGUAAGACCAGUCGUGGAACGCAGGAGCAGCGGCAGCCACAGCCGCGGGGGUCAGGCAGAAGCAAGGGCCCCCCACCAGAAGAAGACCAGCUGCCCUCCAGUGCUCCGAGAGCCCCCACAGCUUCAUGGGAGGAGAGGAUACUCCAGGCAAAGGUGGUGACAGUGUCUCAGGAGGCAGAGUGGGAGCAAAUUGAGCCCUUGCUUAGGAGUGAGUUAGAAGAUUUUCCAGUUCUUGGAAUCGACUGUGAGUGGGUAAAUUUGGAAGGCAAGGCCAGUCCUCUGUCACUUCUACAAAUGGCCUCCCAGAGUGGCCUCUGUGCCCUGAUUCGCUUGCCCAAGCUGAUCUGUGGAGGCAACACCCUACCAAGAACAUUGCUGGACAUUUUGGCAGAUGGCACCAUUUUAAAAGUAGGUGUGGGAUGCUCAGAAGAUGCCAGGAAGCUUCUGCAAGAUUACGGCCUCAUUGUUAGGGGGUGUCUGGACCUUCGGUACCUCGCCAUGCAGCAGGGAAACAAUUUGCUCUGCAAUGGGCUUAGCCUGAAAUCACUUGCUGAGACUGUUUUGAACUUUCCACUUAACAAGUCCCUUCUACUUCGCUGCAGCAACUGGGAGGCUGAGAAUCUUACAGAAGACCAGGUAACUUACGCUGCCAGGGAUGCCCAGAUUUCAGUGGCUCUCUUUCUCCACCUUCUUGGCUACCCUUUCUCUAGAAGUCCCCCUGAGGAAAAAGAUGGUGACUGUGUCAGCUGGAGAAAAACCCUGGAGAAAUGUCAGAAUAUGGUCGACAUCCCAUUCCGAAGCAAAGGAAUUAGCAGAUUGAGUGACGAGCUCAGUGGGGAAGCGAUAGAACCUCAGCAGAAGUCAAGAAAUAAGAAGUCCAAGACUGAUGGGAUGAUGCCAGGCAGCAACCAAGGGAGAGACCCCAGGAAAAAUAAAAGGAAGCCCCUGGGGGUGGGCUAUUCUGCCAGAAAAUCACCUCUCUACGAUAACUGCUUUCUCCAAGCGCCUGAUGGACAGCCCCUCUGCACUUGUGACCGGAGGAAAGCUCAGUGGUACCUGGACAAAGGCAUUGGAGAGCUGGUGAGUGAAGACCCUUUUGUGGUCAGGCUACAGUUUGAACCUGCAGGAAGACCCGAAUCCCCAGGAGACUAUUAUUUAAUGGUCAAGGAGAAUAUGUGUGUGGUAUGUGGCAAGACAGAUUCCUACAUUCGGAAGAAUGUGAUUCCACAUGAGUACCGGAAGCACUUCCCCAUUGAGAUGAAGGACCACAACUCCCAUGAUGUGCUGCUGCUGUGCACCUCCUGCCACGCCAUCUCCAACUACUACGACAACCAUUUGAAGCAGCAGCUGGCUGAGGAGUUCCAGGCCCCCAUUGGCUCAGAGGAGGGCUUACGCCUGCUGGAAGAUUCAGGUCGUAGGCAGGUGCGUUCCGGGGCCAGAGCCUUGCUUAACAUGGAGAGCUUGCCUGCCCAUCGGAAAGAGGAGCUGCUGCAAGCACUCCGAAAAUUUUAUGGCACAGAUACUGUCACAAAUGAGAUGCUUCAAGCAGCUGCCAGUCUGGAAACCAGGAUUUACAACGAAAACUACGUUCCUCAUGGGCUGAAGGUGGUGCAGCGUCACACCGAGGGCGGGCUGCGAGCCCUCAUGCAGCUGGAGAGCCGCUGGCGCCAGCACUUCCUGGACUCCAUGCAGCCCAGGCACCUGCCCCAGCAGUGGUCAGUGGACCACAACCAUCAGAAGCUGCUCCAAAAGUAUGGGGAUGACCUUCCCAUUAAGCUGACGUGAUCACUGCCUUUGUGCCCAGGUCUGGACUGGUUGGAAGCUGGAGCCAAGGUCAAAAAGUUACCUCCUCUUGUUUUAAUACGUCAUUAAUGAACAAAGCCCAUGACACAGAAUGCUAAUCUAUGCUAAUCCCAGGGUGCUUCUGAUGGAGCAAGUUUGUUGUUUUAAGGGGAACUUGUGGUUUUGAAAUUUUAAUUGAGCAAAAUCAGUAUUUUUUCUCCUCCUCUAU